AUCUCAGAUCAGAUGUCGCAAUUUCAGGGCUACCUUCUAGCCCGGAACUCCCCCUUUUAACUGUGUUUUUAAGCUAACAGCUAACAGAUAAGGUUACACAGCAGCAGAGAGAGGAGCAGUGAAACAACAACAUCACCAUACAACCUGUGAGUAUGACAUCUGACUCUGGUUAGUGUGCGGGCACUGUCGGUGCUUCCUAAUUGUCCCUUAGUCCUCUGGAGCUGCUCUUGUUGUCGUGGAGGGACAGGAGGGAAACCCAGCGGGCAGAGAGACAGCCGGACAGGCAGGACUCAGGAUGCCUCUGUUCUUCAGAAAGAGGAAACCCAGCGAGGACUCCCAGAAGAGACUGGAAUAUCAAAUGUGCCGGUCUAAGGAGGCAGGUGCUGAUGACAUCCUGGACAUCUCAGCUUGUGAGCUCUCAGAGGUUCCCUCGAGUAUCUUUUCCAUUUGCAAGGUGCUACAGAAGAAGGUCCUUAUCCUCCAUAAAAAUGAGCUGAGGUCAUUUCUGCCCAAAGGAUGUGACAUCAGUUCUCUAUCCACUUUAAAGGUUUUGGAUCUGCAUGAGAACAAGCUCACUUCACUCCCAGAAGACAUUGGGAAGCUGACGUCACUGCAGAUUCUGAACGUGGAGAAGAACCGCAUAAAGGUCCUGCCUGAAUGCAUCGGGGAUCUGCGGCUUCUGCAGACGCUCAAUUUGAAGGGUAACUGUCUCAGUGAGCUGCCAUCCUCGGUUGGUUCUUUGAGCAGCCUGCGUACCCUGGACGUGAGUGACAACAACAUCAUCCAGCUCCCCAAAGAUAUGGUCUUCAUCCGCACCCUAGAGAGCUUUACGCUUGAUGCUGCCAUGAUGACUUACCCGCCUGCGUCUGUGUGUGCAGAGGGCACCGAGAGCAUCCAACGCUUCCUAUGCGCCGAGAUGGGAGAGGAGUACUGCCCCCCAUCCCAGUAUCUCCUGCCGGUGCUGGAGAACGAUUGUGGCAAGCAGGCCUCUGACUGUUUUGAUGGCUUGGAGGAGUCAUGGCAGAACAAAUUCAGCGACUUUGAGAAGAGAAAGGAGCAGAAGCAGCAGGCGAAGCUGGCCUUCGAGUUCCACAAUGAAGAGAAGAAAAAAGAGCACACCCAGCUCAUCCUCAUGAACACCUCCCGCAAGGAAAACAUCCUCAACUCAGUCCGACUGGCGCAGGAGCGUCUGGAGCUGGGGGUCAGCCAGCAGCAGAGGGCUCAGGAGGCCGAGAGGUUGGUGGUGCUGGAGAAAGUCCGACAAGCUGAAGACGGCAUCAGCAGUCGCAUCAGCAACAUGCUGAUGGAUAAAAACAGGCAGAAAAAAAGUGCAGAGUUUCUUCAAGCCAUGGAGGAAGAUCGGAUCCGUAUGGAGCAUCUGACUGCCAUCACACAGGAAGAAGCCAAUUCACUAAGGAAGAGGGAGGUGGCAGUGGCCAUGCAGAAGAUGCUGUCAGACGGCUGUGUUAUGAGCCUCCUCCAGGAGGCCAGUGACUUCCGCAGACAGAGCAUGGUGUCUGAGGCCUACAGAAGUAUGGAGAGUAUGGACAGGAGGUUUGAUAAGAUGCUGUCCCUCCAAGUGUUGGACAAAUCUAAAGCCAUCGCCCACAUCUUACAGGAGGAGGAGAUGCAGAAAGCAGCGUUCCAGGCCCUGCAGCUGCAGAAGGAUGCUGUCCACGGCUACAUCCGCAACCAGAUCAAGCUCAUAGAAGGUGAAUUAAAGCAGCUGACUAAAUUGGAGAUUAAAAGACGCAAUCUGGAUGCGGAGAACCUGCAGGAGGUUCUGGUGGAGCAGAGAACAGCUCUCAGUGAUUUGUUGCAGCAGCUGCUGAAGCAGAGAGACCAGAGAGAGCAGGAGCUGCGGCAGGUUCUGACGGAGAUGGAGCUGAAGUCUGCGUCCAACCAGCAGAACUACUGGAUGAUCCAGUACCAGAGACUGUUGGAUGCCAAGCCCCUGUCACUGCGCAUGCAGGAAGCGGGCGUGGAGAAAGAGUUGGUCAACUUGUUAUGCAGACUGUCAGCUCAGCACUACCUGCCCGUCCUGGCUCAUCAUCGAGUGACAAUUGAGGCCCUUCGCCACAUGAACUCCUCUGACCUCAAGAAGCUUGGAAUUAAUGAAAUAGGAAUCCAGAAAGCUCUUCUGAACUGGGCUCGGGAACGCUACCCUGAAGUAUCUCCUCCCCCACCAGGAGCUUGUAAGGAUGUCCAGCAGGAUGAAGAGGUAGAAGUUGCCCCCACAGCUCCAGCACCUUGCUCCCCUCUGUCGCUUCCCGGCACCUCAACCUUCCAGAUGCCCAGCCCACCACUCACCCCGGGGACCCCAGUCACCCCCUCAGCCCCCAGCCCUGUGGAUGGACCAGGGACCUCAGAGUGUGUGGUCUGCAUGGAGACCGUGUCUCAGGUCAUCUUCCUGCCAUGUGGUCACGUGUGCUGUUGUCAGGUCUGCAGCGACGCUCUGCAGACCUGCCCUCUGUGUCGUAGCAACAUAUCCCAGCACAUACGCCUCUACCACAGCUAGGACCAACUGCACUGUGCCACUCCGUCACCGACUGCAUCUCUCUUUAUUUAUGCAUGAUCAUAAAGCUGCUGUAAGUCGAUCUUAUCAUGGAUAGAAAAGCUUUUGGCGGGUUUUCGAAGAGCUGAGUCACUUUCCUGUAUUAAGCAAACAGUACUUCGUGAUGUAUAUGCUGAAGCAAGUCUGAACAGAAUUAUUUUUAAUGGUUUUAUCACUGGCCUGUUUUAUUUUGAUGUUCUCUUAAACUUGAUACAUUUUAUUUUAUUUUCUUGCAUUAUUGUUUAGAGCCAAGUGGACUCCACCACUCACUGACUGACUGUUCUUUGCCUUAUUAUAGUUUCUCACUUGAUGUGUGCCUUUUUCUGGAAAUCUCUUUUUUUUUUUUUUUUUAAAUAAUAUCAUUUGUUCGUGUUGUCAACUAGUACCUGUCCAACAUUUAUAUAAGUUAACAAAACAUAUUCUAUUGAUUGUUUUUGCUUUUAUGCAACGUCAUCUUUGUUGCUCUUCAAUCCAUUACACACCUCGUCUCGCCCUCACUGCCAGAGGCUUCUUUCCCUCCUCGUCCAGGUCCCUCUGUGCCUGCUGGAAUCAUUUUAUCAAGUGUUAAUAUGGAUGAAUUUUAUAUCAAUGCAUAUCAAGACAAUUUGAGAGGAAACUAAUUUCUGCCCAGGUCAAAAAUGAGGUGCUGAACCCGUGUUAACAGCCCCAGUUCCUCCCUCUCCCUCUAUGUUAUAUUACUAUAAUUCUCUAUUACAUGGCCCCAGGUUUGCUGUGUGGUAAUCUGAAACACAGACAUGUAUAAAUGUGCACCAUGUAAGCACAAUGAGAUAAUGAAGAUCCCAAAGGGGAACUCAGUUGUUAAAGUUUAGUUUUAGUUGUGAGUACUACUCAUCCUGUACAGUUGUAUAAUGUGUUCUGUGAUUUUUUUUUUUUUUAACAGGAAGUCUACAUUAUAAAGAGGGGUAUGGAGUUUUAACAACAUGGGCGUUUACCCAACUAAUUAAAGACGCUAUUGAGCUGCUUUAAGGGAAAUGUAAGAUCCAGUGAUUUUGGAGCUUGUCCCAUGCUAAAGACUAAAGGCCUGUCCAGACUGUCCGCGUGACGGCUGCCUUGCUGAAUUGCUGUGUAUCCCACGUGUGGGUUGUCCACACCGGUAGCGUUUCUGCUGCUGCCAGCUCUUUCUUUCUACAUAGAGUUUUCCUUUCAUAAUGGCCAUUUAAUUUCAUUAUAAAUGUAAUUUAUAUUUAUCUUAGACAGAUAAAGGUUAAGAAACGCGUGGUAAUAUGUAAAUAAUAGUAAUAAUCGACAAUUAAAACCCGGUACUUUAUUCGUUCAUGGAGCCGUGCAAGUCACUGCAUUUUCUACAACACUGUCCUGCACAUAUUUCAGAAUAAAAGCCUUGUGUUAACAAAUUAAGGAAUUCUUACCACAGAAAAAAAUAAAUGAGGGCUUUUAUUUUGAAACAGAAGCAGGAAGGGUUGAUUUAAAAAUAAAUCUUUACUUUUUUUCUACAGAUACAGACAUUAAAACUGUAGUAAUGCAGCUGGUAUGUCAAUAUACAGUCAAAAGAUCACUGCGCUGCUCACACUGGCGGUCUGGACACCCCAUAAAAGUCAGUAUUUCUCAGCCUCUGCUGAUGUUGACUCUUCUUUUCUUUUGAAAUUGCAAUGCUAAAUUGGUGGAGUACCCUUUUAAAACUACAUUUUGACACUUAUAACCUUAUCAUGCCAGUUGGGAUUGUGCAAUCAGUCGUGCAUAUAUUCCUAUUUCUCCAAACAAAGUCAAUCAAAUGACUGCAACCCAUUUGCCAGAGAGUCCAGCUGAGCCUUUUUGGGGACUCUUAUGGGUCUGGGGUCCCUGGGCAGACGCCUGCUUACCUGGAUUAUAAUCCAGUCUUGGACCUCACUUUAGUUUCUUUCUCACUUGUCUCUGUCCUAUCUUUUUGAUCCCGCUCUUAUUUGAAUUGCUAUAAAUGGUGCAUAUGUAUGAACUAACGACACAUCACCUGUUGGUCGCCAUCACUAAUCUAUUGUACGCUUUCAAGUGCUCUUAACUUCGACAUCCCAGCAUGUUUCAGGAAAUAUCUUUACAUGUAAAUGUAGUGUGUGUGUGUGAGAGAGAGAUUUCACUUCUAUACAAAUCAGACAUUUCAUGUCAACAAACAAUGUGAUAUAAAAUAUAUAUGUGUUUUCCUGUACUCACCUUUUGGUCAAUAUUAACACUUUGUGUUGCACUGCUCAUACACAGGCAGCAACAUCUGGAAAUGUACUGAAAUAUGUGAUGUUGAGUGUGAGGGACCGAGCUGCUAGGCAUGAGGAGUCACAGGUUUUUAAAAAAAAUAUGGUUUUAUUGAACCAAAAAUGAAACUAACAUAUUAACAAAAUUAGCAAUGUAGUUCUUUGCCCAUAAAAUAGGUCAACUAAACAGAACAUAACUCAGGCUAUGCUAACUUAACAUAAACUGAAAGUGACAAAGGGAACAUAUAUAAAGGGUGAUCAAACCAUUUUAGAAACAAAAGUGUAACAAAGACAAACACUGCCAACUUAACUACAAAUAAAACAAAACAGGAAAAUUAUCCAAUCAAUAUAAAUAUUUCAGUAAUUACCCCCCCAUCCCCCGCCCCCCUCAAAAAACCCCAACAACUAAUGUACUCUAAAGAAAUAAACAGAAUCUCUAAAACAUAACUUCCAAUUGGCCACUUUCUGUAUUUAAACGAUCUGCAGCAACUGAACCCUCACCACUGGUAACUCAUAUGAAAUGUGAAUUAAGAUGACUUAAGGCAAACUUUUAUAAAGACAAAGUUUGACGGUACUGAAGUUAAAGUAAUCUCGAAGAUUUUCAUUUGAAUAAAUGUCUGUUAAGUCACUAUCCAUGGAAAAAAUGGAAAAAAUCACAAACUGAGAUCAUCGAGAUUGCAACUAACUAAUGUGUGCACUAGAAAUAGAAACUAAUGUACUACCAAUACCAAAUAAAUUCAGUAUGAUAUAUGAAACAAAA